GUCACGAGACGGGGGCGUGGCCUGCAUCAGUGGGGCGCGCGGCCGGUCCCGGUGUCGCCGCCAUGGCCUUCUGCAGCUUCUUGGGCGGCGAGGUCUUCCACAGCCACUUCAAGACAGGCACUUACGUGUGUGCCCGGUGUGGCUACGAGCUUUUCUCCAGCCGCUCCAAGUACGAACACUCUUCCCCGUGGCCCGCGUUCACCGAGACCAUCCACCCCGACAGCGUGGCCAAGCGCGAGGAGCCGGGGAGGCCCAAUGCCUUCAAGGUGUCCUGUGGCAAGUGUGGCAACGGCCUAGGGCACGAGUUCCUCAACGACGGACCGAGGCGGGGCCAAUCUCGCUUCUGAAUCUUCAGCAGCUCACUCAAGUUCAUCCCAAAGGGUAAGGACAGCCAAGCCGCUCAGGACAAGUAAGCCGGGCCUCCUGGAUGCUAGCCCUUCCUGUCCCUGAACCACCAGCUCUGCCCCGCGGAGCCCCUCGGGCUCUCUCUGGCACCGGUGUCACUCUGCCCCUCCCCACCUGGUUUUCAGCAUUAUGACUCGCCCUGGGGAAAGCCCUCCUGGAGCGCCAGGGCGACGAUGGUCACCUGAUCGGGUGGGCAGGGACAUGUGAACCCGCGAGGCCGUCGCCCAGGAGCGGGUCUGCCCGCUGUCGGUCCCUCCCAAGUGCUCUGCACACAGCCGGCGCUCAAUAAAUAUCACCAAUGGA